GCAGUGCUGGUGACAAUGAUGCUUAUCAGAAAGCUGGUGAUAGAGAUGGCCAGUCAAACCACACGGAAGGAUCAAACAACUCCCAAGCCAGCCAACCUGGCACAAAGGAGGGAUCACAUGAUUCACAAGAUGGCGAGAGUCAGCCCGACCUACAGAGCAGCCAGUCUUCCCAGACGGUGAUUUCAUCUCAGGCUUCCCAACCACUGUCCCAGUUCCGUGGCUCUAGCAUGUCCAGCAAAUUACGGGCCCAUGCUUUCAUAACUUUGGGUAAGUUAUGUCUGGUGGAUGGAUCUCUGGCUAAAAAGACAAUUGCAGCAAUGGCAAGAGAGCUUGAGGAGUCAGACUGUCCAGCAGUCAGAAAUAAUGUUGUAAUUAUUAUGGGAGAUCUGACUAUUAGGUACACAACCCUGGUGGAUCGCUACGUGACCAAUAUUGCAGCCUGCCUAAAAGAUCCUUCUCCUCUAGUGAGAAAGAACACAUUGACAAUUUUGUCACGACUCCUUCAGGAAGAGUAUGUGAAAUGGAAGGGUGUUCUGUUUUUCCGCUACAUAACCACCAUUUUAGAUGAGGCUUUAGAAAUAAAAAGCUUAGCGGAGUUCUGCCUUGAGCAUCUGUUGUUGAAGAAACACCCCAGCUUGUUCUUUCACCCAUUCCUGGAGUGUAUCUUCCAUUUUAAUAACUACCAGACACACUCAG